AAGUUCGGUGGCGCUAGCUCACCGCCGCUAGUCACCUUUUGCCAGCAGAGAGGGAAGUAACGUUUUGGGGGGUUUAAAGAGAAAAAAUCUGGAGACACCAUGAAAGAACUGAAGCACCGCUUGGCAACGAGUGCUGGGAGAAAACUGUGAAUACCUCCCGCGUUUGGAAGAGACUCAACUUGCGGGGAAAUUAUCCCGAGUGCGCAGAAGUUUGUGUUUACUGAUGUUGUAGCUAGCUGGUUGGCCCUGUUAGCCUGUUAGCGAGAGGUGCGCGUUGUUGGGACUCAAACAUUUAGAACUAACCCAAGUGAACAGGCAAGUUCGAUAACUGCUGAUUUGUCUUAACAGUUUGAAAUACCUGAUUGGCAGAUGUUGCUGGUUAGGCAAACAAACUUGUAACACUUGUGCGGGUCGCAAACUGUGCAUCUUGUGGGGUCUAGUCAAACACAUUUAUUCCUAAAGAGAGAAGACGCACAUUAAGACACCUCCAACGUUCAGAUCAGCUCGGCGAUCUUUAACGUCUUCACUCCCACCACUCUUUGUAGUUACGGAUGACAAAUCGAGCUUUCAUCGUUUUGUACCUGCGACCCGUCCUCCUCAUCGGACCUAGUUCAUCUGCUUCGUCCGUAAUGGGCCCCCAGUUCAGCUAGUGAGACCUGGGGAAACAAUCCGCAGCCCGCUAACCAUGGGGGGAUGUGUGGGAAGAUACUGGGAAGGCUGGGAGGACACACAGAGCCGAGGCUCAUCCAGGAAUGGUGGACGAGGAGGACGUAACGAGCCUCUUAAAAAAGAUCGGCCCAAGUGGAAGAGCGACUAUCCAAUGACGGAGGGUCAGCUACGGAGCAAGAGAGAUGAAUUCUGGGACACAGCACCAGCCUUUGAGGGCAGAAAGGAGAUCUGGGAUGCCCUGAAAGCCGCUGCCGUGGCCCUGGAGUGUAACGACCAUGAGUUAGCCCAGGCUAUAGUGGAUGGAGCUAGCAUCACACUGCCACAUGGUACUCUGACAGAGUGUUAUGAUGAACUCGGAAACCGCUACCAGCUGCCUGUCUACUGCCUGGCGCCACCCAUCAACCUCAUCUCAGAGCGUAGUGAUGAGGACCCCAGCGACAGCCCUGAACCCCCAGUAGCACCCAAGAAGGAAUUCCAGCUCAAGGUUCGACUGUCCACAGGAAAGGAUCUACGCCUCAGCGUCAGCAUGGCCGACACCAUCGGGCAGCUGAAGAAGCAGCUGCAGGCCCAGGAAGACAUCGAUGCCACCCACCAACGCUGGUUCUUCUCCGGGAAGCUACUCACAGACAAGACGCGGCUACAAGACACUAAGAUCCAGAAGGACUUUGUGAUCCAGGUCAUCGUCAACCCGCAGGCCCUCCGAGCCCCCAAGCUGUCACCGACCACCACGGCCUCCUCCCCUGCUUCUGAAUAACAGGACAAAGAGGAACGAUGGAGGAGUCAUGCAGAUGAAGGACCAGAUGUGCCUCCAGUGCUGGAUAACUUAUUCUUUUUGACAACAGACACUGUUACUGAAUAAAAAUUAAACUGUGGAGGUACAAAACUAUUUUUAGGCAAAAAAUAAAUAAAUAAGAGAGUGACUCAAAUGCUGCUUUCUUUCACGUACCAUGUUCAAUGUGUUCCUCUGCCGAGUUGUUCCAGUUGUCACACUAAGUCUGGAGAUCUUCACCUGCUUUGAGCCAUCUUGAAUUGAAGCAGAGCUCACAGCCUUUAAAGCCACAUAUGAAAUGUGCACAUUAUGACUAAACUCUGCCCUUUUGUCUGACCUACGUGCCAAUGGAGGAAAUGCAGAGGUGUUGGUUCUAAAGCACAUUUCUACUAUGACACCUAUCAACUGUGCUCUGCCAUCUUUUUCUCCUCCACAGAAACAAGAAAGGAAGGCAAAGAGCGUGACGCUGAACAUUUUCUUUCUCAUUUUCCUUCCUUCUUUAAUUGAGGAAAUAUUGUAAACUGAGCUUUUUUGCACAUUUAAACAUUGUUACUAUACUUUUGUGGUAGUUUGUGUGCCUUCUACAAGACAAAAAAAGGGUUAAUGUCCGGAAAGACGUAGGUUUUACCGCUAGGCUAAGCCUUCUGUAUUUUUUAAAUUCAGGAACUCUUAGAUCAAUCUAAGCUAUAACUGCUGCCUUUUUUUAAGAUUUCAUAAGUCUCGUAGACAAAACAUAUGAUGGGUGCGUGUUCGACCCAUAAUACAUUGGAAUUUGAUGUAGCUCACAAAGACAAUAGUGGUGUACAAAUCGGAGAUUAAGUCAUUAUUGCUGUCUGUGAAGGGAAAGAGAAACUCCCAUGCAACAAGUAUUGUCUUAACAGCUGCGUUCCCCUUAAUGACCCCCACCACCACCAGGAGGGAGCACAGCCCUUAUAUAAUCACUUCAGUUGCUUUAGAGGUAGUUGUCCUUCUUUUCACCACUUGAUGAAUGUAAUUGCCUUUUUUUCUUGAUGUGGUUUGGUUACUUUGAGGAAAAAUAGUUGUCCAUUUUCUUCACCAGCAUACAGAUGCUUUGUUAUGGAGCGGUGAGUGAAAAGCUAAAGGCUACAAAAAGCUGCAGAUUUUUCAGGUUAUCCAGAAGUACUAGUGAGCCUCACAGGGAAUAUUUUUGAUUUAGUGGCAUGACCUGCAAGUACACUCCAGUGUUCUAAACUUUACAGUCAAUUUACUUGCUACGGGACAGUGCGUAACAUUUAAUGAUAGUUGUAUUUUCACUGCAGGAACUAGCAACAUUACUGCUACUUAAUGGACUGGAUUUGAUCAGUUUGUUGUAUAGUUGUGACUAAUUUGCCUAAACUGAGCUGGUCUCUAUACCAUGGUGAAGACGCAGAUCUUUUGGGGGGGGUUCUUCGGAUAGAAAAUUCAAGGUACUGCUGAAGAGAAAUUAACUUUAAUGAUGUGAUGAUCAUCUCUUCAAAAAGGGCUUGGAGAUUAGCCAUUUACAGCACAAAGCUCCCAUUGCAAACUGUAGGUGUGGAGUUUUAAGGAUAUGGGCGUUACCCAGGCAAAAAGACUCAAAUCUACCAUUCUAUUCAGUUGCAUUGUGGGAAAUAUAGGUGGUUUUUUGGAACUUGAGAUGUUACAAGGGUUUAUAGUGUGGAUAUCACAGGAUCUGCUGCUUUAAUUGAGACCAUUUUUCAAACUAUUUGUCCCACAACUUUCUGAAUUUAAAUACUAAAUUGCUGCUGUGCCUCUUUAACAGCCCCUCAUCAAAAGUUCACGGGUUUGAUAUGAAAGCGAAAAGUUGACACCAUGUUUGAAAAGUAACAGUCAUCACAUUUUCCUUCCUGGCAGAUAAACCAGAUUCUCCAAUUUAGGUCGUGACGCCUUUUAUGUGGUCGCUUUCUGGUAAAUUCACUGAGUAUGAGAGGGAACAAAGCGACAAAUUUAUGUCACAGUGUCAAAAAGUCUUUUCUCAAGACAUCUUGCUUGUGAUUCAAAGGGUAUUUCAAUUUCGCACUGAGCAGUGCAGUACUGCUUUUGCCUGCACAUUGUAGCACAAAGCCAUGAAUUUAUGCUGGCAGCUCCAGGCUGAAGUUUCCAUCAGGCCUCACUCCAGCUCCGUUUGUGACAGAUUUGUGUCUGAGUGCUGUGAAAAUCCACUGAGUUGCAUUUGGUUUCUAAUACUAAUGAAUCACGUGCAUAUCAUGAAAUAGAACUUUAUCUGUUUUUCAUUUCCAAUCAUUUUGUCGUACGUCUGAUUAGCUGUCAGUGAGCUGAGUGUUAGCACAUAAAACAAGACAGGACUAAAAACAGAUCAAGCGUGUCAUUGAUGCUCUUAGUUUGUCCUAUAUGUAUGGAAAUAAGGCCAUAAUUGUUUUCACUUUAAAAGCCACUGAAUACCUAACUGUGACAUUUAACCACUGCAAAAUGAAUCCAGCUGAAUAUAUAGAAUCAAUUUAUAUUCACAUUUUGAAACUGGAUUUAAAAUUACAAGUAACAUGAACAUAGUUUAUUUGACGUGUAAAUUUUGUACAUUUUUUUCCUGAAACCUUGAAGUUUUUCUAAAUUUGCAAACCUUAAAUCUGCCUAGAGAAGCAAAACCACUCUGCUUCUGUGUGUCAGUUACUAACAUAGCACUGACAGAUUUGGGUUUCUUGUGAUUAUUCAGGGUCUUGGUGGGCUUUGCUUUCAUUCACCGCUCCUUCCUGACACAUCAUUCUCCAUCAGUGGGAGGAAUAAACCUGAACUGAGCCACAGCUCACCAUAUCAAGAACGUUUUCAUUCUGUUUUAUCUUUUUUAACCAGUUUCAGCCUUGAUGCUCAUUACAGUUUCCUAUUUACAUCCAGAGCGUUUUGUUUUCUGCUUUCCCUUUACCUGUGGUUCUUAAAGGGAAAUUUGGUAAUCAUUGUAUGCAAACUUGAAUGAGCAUUUCUCUCUGUAUGUGCAAUACAAUAGACAUAGACCUCAUUUUUAUGUCUGAUUUUGCAGAUUUCAUAGAGCACCAGCCAUAAGUAUUGUUAAAGUAAUGUCAAACUACAGGUACAAGCCUGCUAUGAUCUGAUUCCUGUGUCAGAUAAUCAGCUGCCACUGUCAGUGGCUUUAAAUAUUCAUGUCUAUCACUUUGAAAUGUAUUCCCAGCUGUCGCCUUGACCAUUGGGCCUCAUUGUCUUUUACAGAAUAAAUAUCUAAACAUUAUAAA